AUGUCCGAGGAGGGAGACGACAAGCUGCUAGGACUGCUCGGCAAGAUGAUGGGCAACAUCGCCCGGUCCGCCGUUGAGAACGCACGCCUGUUGCAAGAGGCAUACCCGCACCUGUCGGCAACGUCAGUCGACCAGGCCUUCGGCGUUAGUGACGCCGUCAACGGGUACAGCGGGAACGAGAAGGGGAAGCGGGGUCGCAAGCGGAAAGGCGGAGCGGAGGGCGACGCGCCCAAGAAGAAGCGCGCGCCGUCGGGGUACAUCCUCUACACGUCGGAGCAGCGGUCGAGCAUGAAGGAGGACGGCUCGGCGACGGGGAUGGCGCAGAAGGAGCUGAUGAAGGAGCUGGCGAGCAGGUGGCGCGACCUGCCGCAGACGGGGAAGGACGAGUGGAAUAACAAGGCCAAGGAGGGCGCCGCCGCCGCCGACGCGGCGAGCUCGAGCGCCGCUGCGGCGGCGGUCGAGAGCCUCGACGACGGCGAGAAGAAGCAGAAGAAGAAGCACAAGAAGGCGCGGGCGGACAAGUCGGAGAAGAAGAAGAAGAAGAAGAAGGACAAGGACAGGCACGACGACUGA